AUGAAAUAUAAUAUAAAAUGUCAUAUAUUAAACUAGACUUUAAAGAAAAUAAAUGCAUUCUAAAGUAAAUCAAAAGUGAUUAAAUUAUCUUACAUAUAAUAAACUACUUUUUAGAAAAUAAAAAUAGCAAUAAUGUUGCUAUAUCGUUAGAUAAUUAACUUUUUAACUUAUCUUGCUAAUACUAAAUGUUACAGAAAAUAUUAGCUUUCAAUAAUAUAAAUGUUCAGAGCAAUAAAUUUUCAAUUAUUCUAAACGAUUAAGAGUUUAAUUUAUAAUUUGUAUUAAAGAAUUUUAAUCAUCUCAUCAAAAUUCUAGAUAUAAUUUAAGAGUAAUAAUAAUAACAGUUUUAUAGAUUAAAAAUUUAAAGCUAAAAUUACAUUCCCUUGUCAGAUGAAAAUAUUUUGA